UAAAACUCGGUUACCUUUCUUACCUGACGCAUGCGUAACAACAAUUUUACCUGUGCAAGUUCCGGGUAUGGUUUUGUUUUGUAUGUAAUAAAGGGGUCAAACAAGCAGACAGCCAUGACUACUCCUGUGGAAAAUGAUGUUUAUCGCACCACUUCCAAGCAGAUCCUUGUCUCCAGAGAUCCCAUCUAUGUCCACCCAGAGAUUAUCCGUGGCCAGUACAUUGGCAGAGAGCCUCACACUUACCUCCCCUUUGCUAUAAUGGUGACCAUCAUCAACCCUAUUCUGGGACCUAUUGCUAUUUUAUUUGCUUUCAUGUCAAAGAGGUCAUACAGAGAUGGGGAUCUGAACUACGCCUACAAGUGGAGCAACUACGCCUUCCUAGCAGGCAUGAUCACAAUAGUUGCAUCCAGUGUGUUUUACAUCGCAAUAGGUUUUGCUCUCUCAGGGCCUGGCUUACGAGGUGGACACUCGUACUAAAGAGAGUUGGUGUUGUGGGGUGGGGGUUUUUAGCAUCAUUCUAGGGUCAGGGAAUUCGCAGUGUGUAACCAAUAAAAUAUUAACUGCUGUUGGUUUGUUUUUAUAUGUUGGCCAUUAUCCCUGUUUAAAAAUAAUUUAAUCAUGUUGUCUAUUUAUACUUUGGCAAGAUUAUUUUCAGAAAGUCGUAUAUUAAAUCUUUUUUAUAACUACAAAGGCCAAACCCUGAUUAUUUUCACUGACAUUGUAUAUAUCUUAAUCAUUCAUUUGUAUAAGCCAGCCUUACCUAGCAAGUUCACAGAUAUUCAUUUAAAUCAGUUCUGUCCAUUGAA